AUGGGGGAGUGGAUUGACGGGGUGUGGGUCUGGUCUUUGAAUUGGAUCCGAGGCUUACGCGCGAGAGAUGAAGAACAGGUGUCUUACCUCAAAACGCAUAUCAAUAACUUUGCCUUGGUGGCUGGGAGAAACGAUGAGUGGAAAUGGAAAGCAAACUCCAAUGGUGUGUUCACUGUUAAAACGGCGUACAGAGCUAUUCGGAAGGCAGCUGCUUUGAACGAGACUGGGGGAAAGAAAUUUGAGUUCUCUCUCAUAUGGAACACUCCGGCAGCACACAAAGCUAAAACAACGGCGUGGAGAGUGUUGAUGGGAAGAAUGGCAACAAUUGAAAAUUUGCUGAAAAGGAACGUUAUCAUUCCGACCCAAGACAUCUCAUGUGUACUCUGUCAAGAGAAGACCGAAGACUCAAAUCACCUUUUCUUCUCCUGUCAAAAAACAACAGAAGUCUGGUAUGAUCUCCUUUUGUGGAUUGGGAAAUCUGCAGCUUUACAUUCAAGUGCGAGCAAUCAUCUGAUGGGCUUCUGUAAUAUUGGUCACAAGAAGGAUAUUCUUUUUCUGACUGGUAUUUGGAUCUGUACUGUCUGGUGCAUUUGGAAAAAAAGGAACGAGGUUCGGUUCAACCAUGGUGAGCAGCGGAAGAUUCACUGGGUGAGCUGGGAGCAGAUUUGCAUGCCUUUAGCGGAGGGAGGUCUUGGUAUUCGUCUCUUCUCUGAGGUUGUUCGUGUCUUCAGCUUUAAGUUCUGGUGGCGUUUUCAGGCUAAGGAGUCUCUGUGGGCUAAGUAA